AUGUAUAAUGUAGGAUUCAGAUAUUGUGCAUCUGUAAAUGAUAAAGUUGAAUUUAAUGAUAUUAUUGCCUUGUUGUUGUGGACUAGACGAUUGAACUUCAAUCGACUGACCUUUAUAAGUUCAGCGUUAUGCGAUGGACCGUAUAAUAUGUACCACUUAGAUUUAUCAAAUAACAACUUGGAGGAGUUUGGUAUUGAAGCACUACUAAACUGCGCUCAUAGCUUGGAAAUUCUAAAUAUGCGAAGAACUCAUAUCGCAAGAAUAUUGCCAGCAAAUAAGCCCAUGAUGGCAAUACAACAAGUCUCAUUAUAUAUGGCCAAUAUUAAUGAUAACAGUGCAGCAGCUUUAACAAAACUAAAGAAAAUCCAGGAUCUCAAUCUAAGUCAUCAAAAUUUAGAGAGCUUAAGUGAUGAAAAAUUUAAGGGUCUCGUUAAAUUAAGAACACUGCAUUUGGCUAGUAACACCAUCGCAGAAAUUCACGAAGAUUCCUUUAGUGAAAUGAGUUAUUUGGAAGAAUUGUAA